AUGUUCAAAGCCCUCACCCUCAUCUGCCUCCUCCUGGCCGUCCACAUCCACGCCGAGGAGGACGAGACAACGCUGUCCGCUGCCGGUCAGAAGGCUCUCAGCGAGAUCCGGGCCCUACGAGUCCAACAGUAUGCGAUUUUGGACAAAUUGGAGGAUGAUGACCGAUUUGAUAUCGAAGACAUCAUCGAAAAAGACACCGAGGAGCACGAGCAGGACGAGCUGGCCGACCUAGAAGCCGCAGUGAAGGACAACUCCGGGCUGACUUCUGAUGAAGAUAAUGAGGACUCCGAC